CAAAAACGGAAAAUUGAAAAUGAAAUGGUUACGAGGACCAAAAAGUUUCUUCCCCCGAGCAUCAACCAAAAAUGCCUUGAGCCAAAACCAUCGUCGUCGUCGUCGUCGUCGUCGUCGCAGAAACCCUAACUCUGCAAAUCCCACUCAUCGCCCUCAGGAGAAUAGACGAAAUGGAUCUCCCCUCCUCUCACACGGACCCCCAACAAUCUCUCCAUCACCAUCGACAACGAGAAGGGUAUUCACUGUCUCAAUCGUUCGACAAGUCGGCCCCGUCCAGUUACGGCUAUUAUCCUCAAUACCCGCAAGGUCACCGGGACCAGCAAUACUACCCCUACAAUCAGUACCCACACCCGUCGACCUCUCACCAGACGCUACGGCCCCCGCACGGAUCCGGGCCGGCGCAGCAAUCGGCCCCGGGCUCCGGUCGGGUCGAUUCGGUGAGCGGUCAGGUCCAGCUUCAGGUCCCGCAGCAUCUGUAUAAUCUGCUCCAGCAAUGCGCCGCUGCCGGCGGAGGCGGAGCGCCGGUCUCGGGAACGCCCGGACUGAGUGGGGCCACGUCAGCUGCCGUGGCGGCGCUGUCGCAGCUGAGUCAGCUUGCGGCCACGAUGAGCGUGGCGGAGAGGGUGAUUUCUGGGUUUGGCCAGCCGCAGGUUAGUCACUCUCCAUACAGUGGCGGUAACCAGCCAUUUAGGGGGUCCAACCAUGGACACUUUGCCCACCAUUGUGCUAGUUUAGGCGGUCCAACAAUUAAUGGGAGAGUACAUGGACGCAGGUGGCACAAGGGUGGCCAUAAGAUAUACAAGGGCUCAAAAUCGUCUAAUAACAACAGGAAACCAUCUCUAGAGGCACAAGCAGUGGAAGCUACAGCUGCAUGUCAGGCUUCUGAUAAUGCUGUCCAUAAAGCCCCAACUCAAGGGGGAAAAGCUGCUUGGUGCGAACUCUGUAGAGUUGAGUGCACCAGCUUAGAAAUACUUGAGCAGCAUAAGAAUGGAAAGCGGCAUAAGAAGAACAUGCAGAGAGCCGAACAACUGAAGAAUGCUGCGAAUAAAAUCGAGGCCCCAUUACAAAAUUUCCAGGACCCUGGAGCUGGGCCUGGUCCGGACAGUUCCCAACUGUGCAACAUUGUUCCACAAGGAGACUUACUUGCUAAAAUUGAUGGCAAUAGCAGUGGUGCAAUCGCAGAUGUGCCAAUAGAUACAGUAGGACAGGCGGACCACUCUACGGAGUCAUCGCUCAAUUUGCAUGUCCAGAAUCAAGUUGAGAAUAGGAAGUCUGGCAAGAAACGAAAAAUUAAGGGGGGUGGAGAAGGGAAACGCCAGAAGAAGUUGGAAGCCACUGCGCACCCACUUAAACCUCCUCAGUCUAAGGCAGUUGGUCCAAUAGUAUGUGAUCUGUGCAAUGUUAGGUGCGACACAAGGGAAGUGUUUGAUCGCCAUCUUUCUGGUAAGAAGCACAUUGCUAGGCAUAUACGCUUUGAAGGGCACCGAGCUCAGUAUGGACCACUAGGACUGCAGGGUCUCUACCCUCCAAAUCCUGCCGCAGCACCUCUUGUUUCACACCCUCAGGGUCGACUGGAACCACAAAUUCUCAAUGCCCUUUAUGGCGCAACGCCAGUUCAGAAUUGCAAUGCUGCUGCGUCGGAUGGAACUGCAGAGCCCACCGUUCUUGUCAAACUUUAGAAUGCAGUCCCACCGCUGUCGACCAAAAUGUUGCUCCAAUGGUAGCUGGAGCUCAACCAUAAUAUCAAGAUCUAGAUGGAACAUAAAUCAUUUGAGUAUAGCGGCCACAGGCAUGUUUAAUUGCUAGAACCUCUUCAGGAACUAAAGAUGGGACUUUACCGAUAGGCAAUACCUUUACAACCGACAAUAUACUUGUCGCAAGAAGAUGCCACAGCUCCAUUCGGCAACAAUGUUCUGAUGAUCCUGCAAAGCAAACAGUAUGCAACAAAUGGAGGAACAAAAUGAACAUUUAGUUCUGGUUUUUCUUUUCGAGUAAUUUCAAGAAUUAGGAUUGAACUUGUUAAUUAGCUGCUAAUUUUUUCAUGCAUCUGUUACCGCAUCCACCCGGUUGUAUAAAGAUCGUAAUUACCAGGAUAGUUUGGUUCUGUAGGGAUGCUUAAUAAACGACCAUCUUUCCAAAGCUAUGGCCGUGGUGGUUUUGUGUUC